AUGGACCCCUGCCAUAUAAUGUGCCAGUGGCCAAACUGUACCGUCGAGGCUAGCCACUGGGCACAUUGCACAUGCCCUUACCAAUCACCCACUGAUGAGUCCUCUUCAACACAUGCGUCCCCUAACUCUGUAUCACACCAUGAUCAGGAGCCCACACCGCCCUCUCCUGCCGCAUUCGAACCUCCUCAAAGUGCCAGUGCCCUCGACCAGGCAGUCAGCUUUUGUUGCGGAGGAUGGCCAACCCACGAUAACGGCGUCCACACACAAAUGGAUUACGCAUCACCCAACCUGCUGAUCGAUUUUGAACCUCAGGAUAUUCAGCCAGGAGAUCAAUCCCCCCCUACAACAUCGGGUCAAUCUUCAAAGUCCGCAUCUCCCUCGCGAACUGACGACCAACUUGUGAACAAAGAUACCAAGGGCACCAGAAGCGCAGUGGAAGAAUUGGAGGAUCAAUUUCCUGCAGAUAUUCCCUGUCGAAUGCAGGUUGAACAGUGUGAAAUGGAGAAGCAUCAACAAGGAAUGCAAUGGGAUUUGGGAAGCCAAAAGAGAGGGUGCUUUGAGGGCGCGGAUGAGCACAAUCAAGGAUAA